UCUCGUCUAAAGCAGUUCUGGAUAAGAAACAAACCUUCUAUACUGGUAGCCGUCUCCCAGUUUUUUGGAGCUUUGAUGAAUCUCAGUGCUCGACUGCUGGAGUUAGAUGGCGACGGUAUCCAUCCGGUGCAAGUCCUCCUCCUCCGACAAGGACUCACGGUCGUCUGCUGCUUCGUUUAUAUGUGGUGGAAGAAUAUUCCCGAUUUCCCAUUUGGAAAAAAAGAAAUUAGAGGGCUCUUGUUGAUUCGCGGCUUCUCGGGAUUCUUUGGCAUAUACGGCAUGUGGUACUCUAUGAUGUAUUUACCACUUGCUGAUGCCACGGUUAUUACCUUUCUCGCCCCUGGAGUUGCUGGCCUGUUAUGUUACUUUGCCUUGCAUGAACCCUUUACAAGACCGGAGCAAAUUGCCACGGCCGUGGCCCUUUUGGGAGUGGUCCUUAUUGCGCGACCGGUUUCUUUGUUCACGGCCCUCUCUCCAUCCGACGAACAGGUGGUAGACUCUCCCGAGCAAGUGGACGGAGCCUUCCCCAGCCUCGAGCAUGAACCAACAGCCGAGGAACGAUUAAUGGCCGUUGGCGUUGCGCUUCUCGGUGUGUUGGGAGCUGCAGGUGCAUUUACAUGCAUUCGUACGAUUGGAAAACGUGCUCAUCCCUUGAUCUCGGUCAACUUCUUUGGCAUGGCAUGUACCAUCAUCUGCGUCCUCGCACUGACACUGGCACCAACUCUGGACGUUAGCCAGCCUCACUUGAGGUGGAUCACACCAAAGUCAUGGAAGGGAUGGUUUCUCCUUUUAUGGAUAGCAGUGCCCGGCUUCAUAAUGCAGUAUCUUCUGACUUCGGGACUCGCAGCCGACACGUCCAACAGAGCAAAUGCCAUGAUAUAUACACACAUGCUGUUCGCAGUCAGCUUUGACCGAUGGAUUUUUGGCCACAGCAUGAGCAUGAUGAGCUUCGCUGGUUGUGCACUCAUCCUGGGCAGUGCCAUUACAGUCGUUUUGACAAAGAACCCGCCAGCUAGGACGGCCAAUGACAUCGAA